GCGGCCAUUUGGUGCGCUCGGGGCGGCGUCUGGGGCUCAGUACGGCGGGAGGCGACGGUCGGGUCGGACGCUCCGGUGCCGGCGGCCGGGGAUGAGGCCCGGGCUACCCGGGGCGCUGGUGGUGCUGCUGCUGCCGGCGGCGGCGGCGGCAGCGGGGCGGAGGUAGCCGAGCGGGCGAAGCGGCCAUGGAGGACCAGGCGGCGCAGGAGGAGGGCGAGGCCGAGAUCCAGGAACUGCACGGGCCCGAGCACUGGUUCAGCAAGUGGGAGCGGCAGUGCCUGGCCGAGGCCGAGCGCGACGAUGACGGGGGCGGCAUUGGCGGCGUCGGGGCCCUCCCGCCCGAACUGCAGGACGACGACCAGGCCGCCGCCGCCGCCGCCUCCCCGCCGCAGCCCGAGCACAAGCAGCAGAAGCUCUGGCACCUCUUCCAGAACUCCGCCACCGCCGUGGCCCAGCUCUACAAGGACCGAGUCUGCCAGCAGCCAGGCCUGUCUCUCUGGGUCCCCUUCCAGAACGCAGCCACGGCGGUCACAAACCUCUACAAAGAAAGCGUGGAUGCCCAUCAGCGGAGCUUUGAUGUCGGGAUCCACAUUGGCUACCAGCGCCGCAAUAAGGACGUGUUGGCUUGGGUUAAAAAACGCAGAAGAACUAUUCGCCGAGAAGACUUAAUCAGCUUCCUGUGCGGGAAGGCUCCUCCGCCGCGAAACUCCCGCGCUCCUCCAAGACUGACUGUAGUAUCCCCUAACCGAGCGACGUCAGCAGAAACGAGCUCUUCCGUUGAGGCGGACCUGCAGCCCUUCCGGGAAGCCAUCGCGCUCCAUGGUCUGAGCGGAGCAAUGGCUAGCAUCAGCGUCCGCUCGAGCACCCCAGGGUCGCCCACCCACGUGAGCAGCGGCUCCAACGGUAGCCGGAGGAGAAACGGACUCCAUGAUGUUGACUUGAACACUUUCAUAUCCGAAGAAAUGGCGCUCCACUUGGACAAUGGUGGAACUAGAAAGCGUACCUCAGCCCAGUGCGGAGAUGGCAUUACGGACUCCCCCACCCAUAAACGCAAUCGUAUGAUCUGAACGGCAGAGCCCCUCGGCCCUUCUCCCGGCCCCCUCCCCACCCUGCUGUGCUGCUUGGAAGCCACUCCCUCCUUAGCAUCUCGCUGGGACAGAGAAACGUGCUCUCCCUCCUGGGGGGGGCCACACAAAUUGUCGAUAAUUGCCAUAAAAACGAAAGCUGGCGUACUGAAGUAGAUCCUUUGUCACCCCAGGCUUUCUUCAAAUUUAGAUUCUUUAGCAGAGGACUUCCGGUUUCGCGUAGUGGCUAGCGAGCUCGUCACGGGCAGAACGCGCAUCCGUUCCAAGGCUAAAAGUGACCUUACUUGUACUAUUAAAGGGAAAAAAAGGAAAUAUCAGCCGUUUAUGUGGUUAUAGAAAUGGGCUUUUCUUUGACCUUUAUUUCUUGCCUUGUUUAAAUAUUUGCCAUCUUGACGACAGUGUCAAAACGAGAAAUAACCCGACGUGGCAUGUCAGACCUGCAGGUUUACUUUUUGAAUAUAUAUAUAUAUCUAUCUUUGAAUAUAUAUAUCUUUUUAAAGCUCUACUGGGCACAUAAUUUCUAUAUAGUAAGUGUGCAAGUUUAUAGUAAGUAUUGGCCUAUGCUGUUAUUUUUAAGUUUCCAAAGCAGCCGGGGGGUGGGAGGGGGCUGUGCGGUCGAGUAAAGAGGCGAGCCGGGGGUUAUGCGAGGCCCCCCCCCCCCCCCGCCCCUAGAUUGGAACGGAAAAGCACUUUGCUGGGUUUGCUCGGGCUGCGGUAGAACUCUGGGAUGGCUGCUCGGAUCCCUUGUUCCCCAGAGAUCACCUGAAAUGGGGUUUUGCCUGCCAAUUCGCAUUUCUACCUGCAGAUCCUUUUUGUUAAACUAGCAGUAAACCCUGUUUUGAUUGGCCACACGUGCGCCAUGUUCUAUAGAGAACAGGUGGUUUUGGUACUGUAGCUAUGUGUAUAAUAAUAACAACAACAAUAAAGGCAUCUCUCUCAUUGUA